UCUACCUAGAAACCGUUUGAAGGAGAACACUAUACCGGAGCCUUACUGUGCUUUAUGUUGGGGACAUUUUGCUGUCGUUUUCGCGUAUUCCCCUACUAAUUUAAAGGAUAAAGAUGGUUUCUCACUCGCUCGCGUUGCCGAUGAUCUGUUUCACUACGUUGUGGGCGCUAGUCGGUUGUGUCGCCCCAUUUUUCGUUCCUAAAGGACCGAAUCGUGGAGUUGUCAUCACGAUGUUGAUAUUGACAGCGGUGUGCUGCUACUUAUUCUGGCUGAUAGCUAUUCUGGCCCAGGCGAACCCCCUGUUUGGACCUCAGUUGAAGAAUGAAACCAUCUGGUAUCUGCGUUACUUCUGGGAGUGAAUUUCCCCUCAUGAGUCACAUUGCCAAUUUGGGGACCGUCUCUUCUUUCCAUUGUUUUGUCCCGGACAUUGUUUGGACUCAACUGUCUCCAUCGCUUUUCAUAAACCCAGAAUGCGGAAACGGAGGACAAUAACCUCAGCAGUUAUUUAUUUAAUCAGACACAGAGCCAGCAGACACACAACCUUUUUCACAAGAUCACUAAGAACCUGAGCCUCUGACACCCAGUCCAACAACAUAUUCCUCGUCUUAUUCAGCGACACAGUGCACGCAUUAAUUUCUCUUCCUAUUUUUAAAGUUGCAACUCAAUCAUUCCAACAUCCCAUUACACAUUUGGAGAAGUACUGUAGGCGCCUACAAGUCCAACUGACAUUGAAUGGUUUCUCAAUAGUUGUGUUAUAACAGUGUUGUCACAUUAGAGUUGCGUUGGGUGCACGUACAGUGAGCUUGGAAAACCGCUUUAGGGUAGUGGAAAGAAUUGAUGGUCUCUGAAUGUUAGGGACAAAACCAUGUGUGAAAUAGUAUAGGUAUCAGAUAUUUUGUGAUUGAUGCUUCCUUCCGUCUUCAAAUUGUAUGAUUCCUGGGUGUUUAGUAAACUGAUGUAUUUUUUGGUAAAUAUUUAUUUAUUUUUAUUUAUUGUUUAUAUUUAUUUUAUACUCAUAUGACUACUCAUUUCAGUGACUACUGAACAAGGAUAAAUGUGUAUGUUCACAUUAUACCAUUUUGUGUGUAAGCAAAUAUCAAAGUGGACACAGGCCAUAUAAAAUCCUAGCUCUGUUUCUCUGUCCUGAAAUGCUUACCAUGGAACAGUUCUCAUGUUUCAAUUAAGAAGUACAAGGUCAGAACCCAUGGUUACCACAAUAACUGCUUUAGGCCACAGCGUAACUGUCAAACUUCUUUGUAAACAGUGUGUAAUAUAUUUGACUGUGAUACAGUGCUAUAGUGACAUAGCUGCUUGCCACUAGAUUAGGCAUCAAUUUCUUUCAAUAUACAGCUGCUUUUAGAGAGACCAAAACAAAUGAUCUGCAUCUAUUAACCAUAGUAAAGUCAAUAAUAAUAGUACAUUUAUGGCAAUUUGGACUGUAAUUAUGGAUUUUGUAAGUGGUCAACAAUGAUAAUACCUUUGAAAUAUUUGUUUUUAUUUUUGUUUACCAGACGUAGAUGUCCUACUGUAUUUAUUACACAGCAAAGACAACAGCAAAUGUGAAGUCAUGUGCAUGCUGGAAACAUUUACAUAGUUAUUCUGUCCUCUUAUGUCAAAAUCCUAUGCUAUCGAAUUAUAAUAACUUGAGAAAAAUA